GACUAUGUCGAGUCGAUAUCUGUUACUGUUGCUGUUUGGUUGUGCUGGGAUCCUUGACUAUGCCAAUGCCAGAAAAUGCAUGCUAAAGGAGCCACUCAUAUACGAAGAGGCCGACUACUGCACGGAAUCGCAACCGCACUUGGGCUGCAAUCAUAAUCAGAAAUUCGGCGCACAUUGCCAAGCAACAGCCAGGCUGCUCGAGAUUAAACCGGAAUUGUCGAAAGCCAUCGUGAGGCAAAUGAAUGUCUAUCGCAAUAUCGUGGCAAAGGGCGGACUUCCCAACCUACCGACAGCUGGGCGUAUGAAUAAACUGGGCUGGGAUGAAUCUUUGGCCAAAUUGGCUGGUCUGGCGGCAAUGCGUUGCGUCCUCGAUCCGAUCAAGAGAAGUUUCACAGCCACGCACGCCUCGAAGCCGGGCUACACGGCGAUCCUUACCAAAUAUCCCACAAGCCAGAAACAGACUGUUCGUCAAAUAAUGUACUCGCAUCUAAAGACAUUUUACAAUCAGCACAUUCAUAUAACUCCGACGAGUCUCCUGUCGGGCGAAGGGCGAAACGGUCGGGAUGUUUCACAUUUCCUGCAACUCAUAACCGGCAUGAACUCUCGCGUCGGCUGUGGCAUUGUGAUCUUCCAUGAAAAGGAGUGGACAGUCCAGUUGAUGAUCUGCCUUUAUGGCUGCAACAAGCACCCGAAUACUUUCACAUAUUCUAUAGGACAGACACCCAAAAUUUCCUGCGCUUGCCCCGACACCGAUCAAGAAUUCAAAAACCUUUGCCCAUAUAACGUUGUUGAUGAGGAUUGCGGUCUAUUAAAUGAAGAAGGUUUAACCACAACGCCUAAGCCAAAGCCCGCUCUCGACAUUAUAGAAUAUUUCUAGAGUUGAUCACUUGUAGAGCGUCUUAAAUUCAAUGAGACGCUUCAUUGUUGGUUCCGU